CUCUCAAUCUCACUUUUUCUCUCUCCUCAAAACAAACAUGGCAGUGCCCAUAUCACUCAUCCUCUCUCUAGCCAUUUUACUCACAAUUUGUUCUGCUCUGGGAGUUUCUCAUAGUCACAUUCACAGGGGAGGACUGAUUCCAAAUGGAAACUUUGAAGAUCCCCCAAAGCAAAUGAAGAACACCAAAAUCAUAGGCAAAUUCUCCUUACCUAAGUGGGAAAUCAAUGGACUGGUUGAGUACAUCCGCGGCGGUCCCCAGCCGGGAGGAAUGUACUUCGCUGUUGCCCAUGGGCAACACGCUGUUAGACUCGGGAACGAAGCGUCAGUCUCACAGUCGGUGCCGGUGAAACCAGGCUCAUUCUAUGCACUAACCUUUGGGGCCUCAAGGACUUGUGCUCAAGAUGAGGUCUUAAGGGUCAGUAUCCCUCCAUUUCACGGUGACUUGCCCAUUCAGACACUUUACAGUACUGAUGGAGGUGAUACUCAUGCUUUUGGAUUUAAGGCCACUUCUAAGGUUGCUAAGAUCACUUUCCAUAACCCUGGGGUGCAAGAGGAUCCUGCUUGUGGUCCGCUAAUCGAUGCCGUUGCUCUCAAGGAGCUUAUGCCUGUUUACCCUGCAAAAGGGAACCUGAUAAGAAAUGGUGGUUUUGAGGAGGGCCCUUACAGGAUCCUCAAUACAUCAAAUGGUAUCCUCCUCCCUCCCAAACAAGAAGACAUAAACUCCCCACUGCCUGGAUGGGUUAUCGAAUCCCUCAAGGCAGUCAAGUACAUCGACAAAAGGCACUUCAAUGUCCCAUUUGGCCGUUCAGCCAUCGAGCUUGUAGCAGGGAGGGAAAGUGCCAUUGCACAGGUUAUCCGUACAGUUCCCAACAAGGUGUACAACCUCACCUUUACGAUAGGAGAUGCUAAGAACUCAUGCAAAGGAUCAAUGUUGGUGGAAGCAUUUGCAGGGAGGGAUACCCUUAAAGCUCCCUUCUUGUCCCAGGGGCUGGGUAAAUUUCAAACAGUUAGUAUGAAAUUCAAGGCAAUUUCAGACAGGACUAGGAUUACUUUUUUCAGCUCCUACUAUCACAGCAAAGCUGAUGGUUUUGGAAUACUUUGUGGCCCAGUUCUCGACGAAGUCAGGGUUUUCUGAACUUAUUAGAUCAUGGUAUUGUUACCCACUGCUGCCACUCAUGUACAACUUCUGAAGUAGUUGAAUACUAUGCCUUAUGUGAUGGUUUUAUUCUAGUUGUAGGCAAGAGUUUUGGUGCAUUGUCGAUUGUAAUUUAAGCAAGACAGUGGUCUACCAAUAGACAACUUUUAUUGCUCUGCCGCAGUGAGCAUCACCUGAGUUUGUAGUAGCGAAGGCAAUAAUAUACUUCCUCUGUUUUUGUCUAA